AUGGAUUGGAGGGGCGAUUUGGGCUUUACGGACCGAUUAAGGGCCAUUCAGUCUCUCACUACGGUUUAUCAGCACAGUUCGUCAACCACAGCCUUUGCCGAAGCUCAAGCAGAGGCGAGGAGAUGUGAGACUGAAGCCUAUGAUCAGGCCAACUCCAAGGAGGAGUAUGACCGACUGUGUCAACAAGCGAUCGAUACUGCCGAGGCCAAAUUUGCGGCACCGGUCAACAACGACUCGAAGCAAGUGCAAGAUAUCUCCCACGGGGAAUACCAAGACCUAGCUGGCUCAUCAGAGUCGUCAGUAGGGGAAACCUUUGGACAGUAUACCUCUUGCUUCCAUCAUUUCGACGGGCUGCACUCCACGAUCUACAAAUCCACGGCCAAGGACGGUGCGGUGCGUGCCGUGAAGAUCACCAUUCCGCAUUUGAUGACAGCACCUCACGAUGUCCAACGUGAAGCACGGCUGCUACGUGAGGCAGCCAGUCCUAAUGUGAUUCCUCUAGUUGAGAUGUUCAACUUAGACGGGGGUAGAUUGGCUCUGGUCUUCCCAUUCCUGCGAUACGACUUUGCGCAAUUGCUCCAGCGAGACAUGGUCACUGCCGCACAGACACGGUCUAUCUUGCGUGACAUGUUUCAGGCCCUUGAACACAUUCAUAAACUGGGGAUCAUCCAUCGAGACAUCAAGCCUUCCAAUAUUUUGAUGAGUUCACCCGAUGGGCCAGCCUAUUUGGCAGACUUUGGGAUUUCAUGGAAAGAGGAAGAUCCAGGGUCCGAGCUCAGUGAUCAGAAAAUCACCGACGUGGGAACCACUAGCUACCGAGCUCCCGAGGUUUUGUUCGGAUACAAGGCAUACGGAACAGCUCUCGACCUUUGGGCCGCUGGUUGUGUGGUAGCGGAAGCUAUUACCGUGGGACAUGGCGAGCUGUUUGAUUCAGGACCCGUGGGAAGUGACCUCUCACUCAUCCACUCCAUCUUUAGCACUCUGGGAACUCCAGAUGAGCAUAUAUGGCCGGACGUCCAAGUCCUGCCGGACUGGGGCAAGGUCGAAUUCUACACCGUUCCGGCACAAUCCUGGGAAGAUAUCCUGCCAGCGGUCUCCUCCAAUGGCCGUGAUUUGGCCCGCCGCUUACUCCGCUACCAGAGCAGCGAGCGACUUUCUGCCGACAAGGCACUCCGACAUCCGUAUUUCUCCACCGUUUAA